UCUCUCUCUAGAUUAUAAUCCCCCUUUCUCUCUCAAACCCUAAUCACAUCAAUCACUUCUUCUCUCCUCUGCCAUUUCUCCACUCUCUAAUCAUCAUCCCGUCGAAAUGGCUUCCCGGAGGCUCCUAGCCUCAUUCCUCCGAUCAUCCGCCGCCCGCCGCACGAGAUCGCCAUUUUCCUCCGCCCCGAAGCCCAGUCCUCGGCCAUCCCCCGCUGGACACUUCCUCCACCGAUUCGCCGCCCAGUACGCCACCUCCGCUGCCGCCGCCGCAGCACCUCCGGCCUCCAAGGCGUCUCCAACCGGUGUCACAGGAGGCAAAAUUACGGAUGAGUUCACCGGUCAGGGCGCGAUCGGGAAGGUGUGCCAGGUCAUUGGUGCCGUCGUCGACGUGAGGUUCGACGAGGGUUUGCCUCCGAUUUUGACGGCGCUGGAGGUUUUGGAUAAUCAGAUCAGGCUUGUUUUGGAGGUCGCUCAGCACUUGGGUGAGAAUGUGGUGAGGUGCAUUGCUAUGGAUGGGACUGAAGGGCUUAUUAGAGGCCAGCGCGUUCUCAACACGGGCUCUCCCAUCACUGUACCUGUUGGUAGAGCAACACUAGGUCGCAUCAUUAAUGUCAUUGGAGAACCUAUUGAUCAUAGAGGCGAUCUUAAUACCGAUCACUAUUUACCCAUUCACCGUGAAGCUCCUGCCUUUGUGGAGCAAGCUACAGAGCAACAAAUUCUUGUCACUGGUAUCAAGGUUGUUGACCUUCUUGCACCUUACCAAAGAGGAGGAAAGAUUGGGCUGUUUGGUGGUGCUGGGGUGGGGAAGACUGUACUUAUCAUGGAGCUGAUUAACAAUGUUGCAAAAGCUCAUGGUGGUUUCUCUGUCUUUGCCGGUGUAGGAGAACGUACUCGUGAGGGUAAUGAUUUAUAUAGAGAAAUGAUUGAGAGUGGUGUCAUCAAGCUAGGUGAAAAGCAGGCUGAAAGCAAAUGCGCUCUAGUCUAUGGUCAAAUGAAUGAGCCCCCGGGUGCCCGUGCUCGUGUUGGACUUACUGGAUUGACAGUUGCCGAACACUUCCGUGAUGCAGAAGGGCAGGAUGUGCUUCUCUUCAUUGAUAACAUUUUCCGUUUCACCCAGGCUAACUCAGAAGUGUCUGCUUUGCUUGGACGUAUUCCAUCAGCUGUCGGAUAUCAACCUACACUGGCCACAGAUCUUGGAGGUCUACAAGAACGAAUUACUACAACCAAGAAGGGUUCUAUUACAUCUGUCCAAGCUAUUUAUGUCCCGGCUGAUGACUUGACAGAUCCUGCUCCUGCAACCACCUUUGCUCACUUGGAUGCCACAACUGUGUUAUCUCGACAGAUUUCGGAGCUUGGUAUUUAUCCUGCGGUCGACCCUCUGGACUCGACAUCUCGUAUGCUUUCCCCUCACAUCUUGGGAGAGGAGCACUACAACACAGCCCGUGGUGUACAGAAGGUUCUUCAGAACUACAAGAAUCUUCAAGAUAUUAUCGCCAUUCUGGGAAUGGAUGAGCUCAGUGAAGAUGACAAAUUGACUGUUGCACGUGCUCGUAAGAUUCAGCGAUUUUUGAGUCAGCCUUUCCAUGUGGCAGAAGUUUUCACUGGUGCCCCUGGCAAGUAUGUUGAAUUGAAGGAGAGUAUUACCAGCUUUCAGGGAGUGUUGGAUGGGAAAUACGAUGACCUUUCAGAACAGUCUUUCUACAUGGUUGGAGGUAUCGAAGAGGUGAUUGCCAAGGCAGAGAAGAUUGCCAGAGAAUCUGCUGCUUAGGUAUAGAGAGAUCAAAGUCAGACGAUAAUUGCGAAAAUAAUUUAGAUAAUGGCAAAUGCCAAAUUCUCCGAGUCUUUAUUUUAUUUAAUUUUGGUUAGACCAAGUUUUACGUUCCUGUUUUUUUAUUUGGUGCGCAAAAUCGAUAUAGUUGUGAACCGAGAGGGGCCUAUCCCCAAGCCCCAGUUUGUCUUAGCGUGGGACAACACAAUAAGAGGGGUUAAAACAGCGGACAUUGUAAAUGUUUUUGCUUGGAACUUGUUUCCCGAGAGUAUUGGAACUUAAUAUGAAGGCUUUUUCACUUGCGUUUCAACACAAGAGUUGUUU